GAUUGAGGUACAAAAAUCAUAUUCUUUAAUUCACAAAAAAAAAAUCCAAAGUAAAAAUUUCAAAUUUCUGUAUAAAAAUCAUCUCUUUACUUUUUAUUAUUUCUUGCUUUAAAAAUAAUUACUUACAUUUUACGAGUAAAAACAGAACCAAGCCAAUGUAAUAUCUGAGUCUUGCCUCCUAGAUUUUUCAGAAACCAUAGAAAUAAAAAACACAGCAAACAAGGAAUUCAUCCAAUAAUAGGGGAAAAAGACAAAAGGAAAAUGCUUAAAAAGUUGCUCUCUCUCUCAAAAAUCAAAGCUUUAAUCUUUUCUGCCUUUAAGGUCACCCUAGUUAAGAGUAAAAACCACCCCAUGACUUUAACUUUCCCAGAGGAAACCAAAAGGCAGAAAAAAGGCUUGAGCUGAUCAUUGUUGUGGUAGUGAUAUAAGCCAAAGUGGGUCUUUUUUGUUUGUUGUGUUUAGUUGCAUAUUGAAGGAUAACAAUGGCGGGAAUAGCAAUAUUGCUAGAUCUAUGCAAGAAAAACCCAAGCUUUUGCUCUCCACAAAGCUUUCACUCUUCUGGGUUCUUCUCUGCCUCCGCUGCAGCCGCAUCAGCGGCCGCUACCAUCGCUGCUGGAACCCCUUUUGCCUCUAGGUUCUUUUUUGGAAGUUAUCCCAAGGUUUCUCAUUGUGAUGCUGCUGCGGAAUUGCCCGAAGAUUACUUUGCAAAUAUAAAAAGAGUAUCUGAAGAUAUCUUUAAGAAUGAUGCUCUCAAAUACACUGUCAAGGAGUACAAGAUUGAGUUAAAGCCUCUUUUUUCAGCUUUUGAGUUGAGACCUUUUGCUAUGACAACCUUGAGGUCAUUUCUGAUGUUCUAUUUGCCUCUAUUGGAGCCUGCUACAAACAUAGAAGAGGAUGAUGAUGACUUCCUGCAGGACACUCCAGAAGAGCGCCACAUCGAUUUUGUUGUUCCCUUCAAAAAAUCAGUGAAGCAAAUAGUUCGUGAGACUACCGUUGUAACAGCAAGACGGGUUCUUGAAAGACUUGCUGUUAUUUAUGUUUCACAACGCAUGGCAUGGAAACUCCUUAAAGAUGUUCCAAAAUCAGCUGUCCGGAAGUCCCAAAGGGGAAUGCCAAUCACAAUGUACGUCUUCAGAGUUAGCAGAACAACUUUCAGAGGUCACCUUCUUGGAGUUGAGGCAGCAUGGCUUGUCCAAACUGGUAUUGAAAUCUACCGAUGCUUUUCUCGCAUAACAAACUCUGAAGAGAGUGAUGAGGUCAACAUAACAGAGCAAGCUAAACUUCUUGGAAAGAAGAUUUCUGGUAUUACCAUCAGGUGUGGAGCAUCAUUGGUAUUUGCUUCCAUUGGAGCAGGGAUUGGAGCUACUCUUUUUCGUCCUUCAAUUGGUCAGUGGAUUGGCUGUGCUGCUGGAGACUUGGUCGGGCCCAUUAUAGUAUCAGUUUGCCUCCAGAAAGCUCUUCAUGUGGACCUCUAGAGCACUGAAUAUUACUCAAGUUUCACAUUUGUAUUUUAGCACCUUUCAUUAGAGAAUUCAAUGAAUUUUACCAAUAACAACACUCUUUAUUGUAGUUUUUCUUGAAGCAGAAACUGCUUCUCGAGCUGCUCAUCUGAAUUUUCUCUUUUGGGGCAAUUCUUUUUCUCAGUUUAUACCAAUGAACUUUUCCUAGGUCAGUCUCUUCUCUCUUAGUAGAGUAUUAUAAAACGAAAAACGUUUCAAUGCUUUUACUGUAUGUCUGUGUCUGAUAGUACAUGAUUGGCCUGGAAUAGCAAAGGAAUUGGAGAACCCGUUGAACUCAAGCAACAGGUCAAGUAAGGCCUUCAUUUCUUAGGGCAAAACAUGUUGCCGAUCUAAUUAUGUUUCUAGAAGGCAAGAGGCAUUACCACAUUAGAUGAAUCUUAUGUUUUGUCCAACCCAUCUGAUAUUAUUGUAUAAUUGAUUCUCUGUUCGUGAUUCAUGCA